ACUUCAUCUGAAACAAUGGAGGUUAUUAAAACUCUAUUUCUUAUUGCUUUCUUCAGCUCUAUUAAAUGUGGGCCUCUUCAAACGAGUUUACUGCAUGCAGGUAGGAAACCCCGUCUCCUGCCCAUGUGGCCUGAGUGUAAGGGUGUGUUAAGUGACCGUGUGUGUAGAAAAGCUUAUCUUUCUCAGCCGUCAUCCCCGUCUAAAGAGUCACUGGAACUUGCUAGACACGAGCGUGCAGAACAACUACAGGAAGGAGGCUGAUUCAGUGAUGCCACUCACCUGAGACCACCUCACUUCAGCCUUCCUUCCUUCCUUGUUUCCAGCCUAGACAAGAGAGCGCUACACUCGAGCCGAUGUUUGAAACUGGCUAAGCGAAUUUAACUCGAGUGAGACUGUGAAUGACUGCAGAAACAAUAAUAGAAGCUACAGUAUUUGUACCUAUCAUCCCCAGACAGUAUGAUCUUUACGCAUUUUACUUUACACGUUUUCUUUUCUCUUUUGCAUGUAUGUGUGUGUGUGUGCGUGCGUGCAUGUGUGCAUGAACACACGUGUGCAUGUGUGGAGUGUGGUGUGUUCCUGUACAUAUGUUUUUAUGGACACACGUGCAAGUGUGUGUAGCGGCUGGAGGCUGACAUCAGGCAUCCUCCUCAGUUGCCCCCCCCAACCUUAUGGUUGUUAAACAGGAUCUCUCAGUGAACCUGCAGCUCACUGAUUGGCUAGACCAUCUGACUAGUGAGCUCCAGGGAUCCUCCUGCCCUACCACCCCCAGCAAUGGGAUAGCAGGUGCAUGCCACCGUCCCGGGCUUUUCAAGUAGGUUCUUGGGAUCUGAAUUCACAUCUGUAAUGAUAUUUCAUUAUUGCUGGACAACAAGCACUCUCCUGGCUGAGCCACCUUCCCAAAGCACUAAAACAUAUUUCAUACAUAAAUGCAAAGAAGUUAUUUCCUUUCUACUUCAAUGAAUAGAAGUAGAAAUGUGAAGAGCUUUCUCUAAAGCCUUUAUUGUGUGCAGCAAUAGUCAUUGCUAAUGAUUCUUUACUUAAGCAAAAGUUGCUUAGUUCCUUAGAAACGGUUAGUGUAAGAAGGAAGACACAGCUCCAUUGAGAUGCGCAUGUACAUGUGAUGAGUGGGUGCUGAGGACGGAGGUGAUGAGCAAUCCAAAGUGUGGGAGAUGCUUCCUUUGCUACAUCAAGACCCACAGAUUGUUAAUGUUUGGGAUUUUAUUCCCAAGUGCUGACAUUUACUUUUGAAUAGCUUUUAAUGAAAAAAUAGAAGAGUUUAACCAAGUCAUUAAGUUUAAAGAAUCCAGGACAUUACACGUUUGUGUGCAUAUGUAGAACAGAGUACAAUCUUGUGUGUUCUUCAGAUGCCACCCAUCUUGAGUUUCAAUCGUUUUUUUAAUUUUUUUGAGACUAUGAUUCAACCACUUCAUUUCCUCCUUCCAUUUCUUCUCUUCAAACCCUUUCAUGUGAUUCCACUCACUCUACCUCAAAUUCAUGGCUUCUUUUUCUUUAAUUACGUGUGUGUGUGUGUGUGUAUGUGUGUGUGUGUGUGUGUGUGUGUGUGUGUGUAAAUAUACUGCUCAGUCAGUAUAAUGUUACCUUACGUCUAUGUCUUUAGAGCUGACCACAUGGUAUUGGAUAUCCAAUUAGUGUGCUCUUUCCUGGGGAAGACUAUCUCUUCUGCUCCCAGAAUUUCUUUAUCUAGGGUUGUGACAACAUGAGCUUCCUCUGCCCCCACCACCACCAUCUCUCAUGUUAAAAUGUCUUUUGGUGUCGUUUUGUUUUAUUUGGCUUUUGAUUGGCUUGGAGCUUGCCAAAUAAGGUAAACCAGCUGCGUGUGAGCCCCAGGGACCCACUUGCACCCACCCCGUCAGCAGCGGGAUUAUCAGCUUGCACCACCAUGCCUACCUCUUUCUUAAAAGUGGAUUUGGGUUUUUUUUAUGCUGAGACAGCAAGAACUUUACAACUGAGUCAUUUCCCCAGGCCCUAAUUCAGAACUUUAAAUUCAACUACAUGCGAUUUACUUGUAACCAGCAACAGAGUUCAGCUGUAUUUGAAUAUUUAAAAAAAAUCACUCACAGUAAACAGUUUAAAUUCAAAGGAAAAUGCAUACUGUUAAAUUGUUCUUAUGAUUACAACCAAUGAAAAUAAAUCUAGAAAUUUGUGAGUAAAUAAUGAUAUUGUUGAACUUAAAGGGGGUUUUCAAUCUGGAAAAUUUUCUGUUACACAGUUGUCUUAGUCUACCUGAGCCACUUUACCAAAAAUGUCACAAGGUGGGAGAAUUAUAAAUAUAGACGUUUAGUUCACACAGUCCCUGAGGCUCGAGAGUCUAAGACCAAUUGCUAAUACCAGUGUCUGGUGAAGGCUCUCAUAUUUAGUUCUUUGUACAUACCUGCUUUCUGGCCCAUGAUGUCUUCUUGCUAUACUUGCAUAUGGUAAGAAGGAUGAAUGACUCCCGUGGGCCUCUUUUUUAAGGACACUAAUUCCAUGGAUGAGGGCUCCACCCUUACGACUCUUACAAGUCCUUACCUCAGGUUCAGAUUUCAACACAUGAAAGUCAGGGGCAUAAACGCAUCCAAACCACAGCAGCAAACAAGACCUUUUCUCCAGCCAGACAGCAUAUUAACCGCCAGGAUCACCUGGAGGAAACCCUAAGAGACACUUUCUUCAGGAUGCAGCCUAUGACAAGGUCCACACCAUAGCUGAGGAGUUGCUGGAUCGUGCUGAAAAGUGUGAGCGUCUCAGAUGGCACGAGUCACCUGCAGAGUGCGCUCGCCAGUUGAUGGAUACCUUCCUCACCCAUAUUUGCAACGACCAAGAGCUGGUGGGCAAUCACGUGUUCAGUGUCUGCUGUAAGAUGGAAAUCACAGCAAGACUCCAGUGCUUCCUGUCCUCUAAGAGAGAUGACGCAGACAGCAUCCAUGUACCCCUGAUUCCAAGGCCUGAGCUGACCUGUGAGACAAAUGAGGGGAAUCACGUGUCGCUGAAGACAAGGUCCAGCUAUGAAAUUUCUCGAAGGUAUCCAUUCUUAUACGGACCCACUAUCUUGACCAUGUCUGCUUGCUAUGAAACAGCUGUUUGGUCAUGUUGUCAAGAAGAAAAUAAAACUGAGUGCCUGCAGACAAAGCUAGAACCUAUCAGAAGAUAUAUUAGAGAAAUAUCUGCAAGACAUCGUCAUUUAUGUGAAAUCAGGAUUAAAUUCGAUGACAAAAUAGCAAGAGCUGUAGAAUUGAUUCUGCUCACUAAAAAGCAACCUAAAGCUAACUUUUCUGAAAUUGUCAAAUUGACCACAGAUAUUAAAAAUCUGCAUGAGAUCUGCUGUGAAGGAAAUACAGUGGCAUGUGCACUGGGCAGGCACCAGCUUAUGAACUAUACCUGCUCUAACCAGGCUAUCUUGUCCAGCAAGUUUGCCCAGUGUUGUCAACAGCCAGAACCAUUCCGUGGGGAAUGCAUUAUCAACUCAGAAAAUGAUGACAAGCCCAACCUGACAUCCCUGGCACUCAGAAAGUUUACCGAAGACCAGUCUGCAUGCAAACAAUUCAGAGACAAGCAGCAUGACUUUCUACAAGAGUUCCUUUACGAAUAUUCCAGAAGACACCUGGAGUUGGCAGUUCCAGUGAUUUUACGAAUAUUUGCAACAUAUAAACAGUUACUGGAGGAAUGCUGCAAGUUAGGAAACCCUUCGGAAUGCCACCGCCGUGGGAAAGAGAUGUUCCAAAGAGUGGUCCGUGAAAGCCGUGACUGUGUGAAAACUUACUGUGACUUACACAGGACGUUAGGAGGCAGUAACUUCCAGGACAGGCUUACCAUCCUUUAUACUAAGAAAGCCCCACAGCUGUCUGUGCAGGAGUUGGUGGCAUUCACAAGGAAGAUGGCAGCGGCUGCCAGUAGAUGCUGCCCACUAAGCGAUGAGCUGCAGUCUGCCUGUGUGGAGGAUGCGGCCAAGCUGAUCCUUGGAGCUCUGUGCCGACGACAUGACACCAAGCCUGUCAACGCUGGAGUGGGCCGCUGCUGCGACGACUCCUAUGCCUUCAGGAAGCCCUGCUUUGAUGACCUGCGAGUCGACGGAACUUACAUUCCUCCACCUUUGUCUUGUGACCAAGUCAUCAGCCUUAAAGAGGACUUGUGCCAAGCCCAGGAGGAGGAGCUCCAAAUUGAAAAGCAAAAGCUCCUUAGUAACCUCGUGAAGCAGAAGCCACACGCGGCAGAGGAUGCAUUCCAGGCCAUUGGCGCGGAGUUCACACAGCUGGUGAAGAUGUGCUGCCACACAGAAAAGCGGGAAACGUGCUUUCAGGAAGAGAACUUCAUUAACAGAGUGGCUGGGACACACAAGAGGAAAGAUGGGGCCAGAGUAUGUUCAGGGACCCCAGCUGAUCAGAAAGUGCCAGUCCCUCCUAGAGGCCGACUCAUCCCAGAGAGUGCGGAUGUAGAAUCACCAACAUGGAAGAAUAACAGUCGACCAAGUGGUUUCUUGCCGGCUCAGUGUUGGAGCAGAACGCUGGCCAGUCCACACCGUCUUUCCUUUUCCAUUAACAAAUGGCAUAUUGACUCCCAGACCGGCCCCUCAGAACUCCACCACCACAAGUGUUGCCUCUCAAGAGCAGUGGCAGAGAAGAAACUCAAAGAGCAGUCAAGGUCUUCAGCCAGUUUAACAUGCAGCCACAUCUGGCUGGGAACGGGCCCCCCCGCAGUGAAGACUUAAAGGUCAACAGGGAGCUGUGUACCACUUCUAGGAAUUACUGCUGAUGAACCGAGGGGAAGAUGCUAAUGAAAUUACCUUCCUGAAUGGGUUUUGGCUCCUAGUCUAUAUGUAUGCCGUGCUGAUGUUGCCAGCAAAUGGAUCCUAAUAUAUUUGUAUUCAUUUGAGCAUUAUUGAGUGACUACUUUUUCCUCUGGAAAUUCUACCAAAAGUGAUGCAGAGGACUUAUAAUUGGGCUUUUAAAUUUUUUUCUAUGAUUCUUUUAUGUAAUAAAACAAACAGUAAUAGUUUAGUGCUUAUUAAAUAAGUGAAUUGUUUUGACACCACCCACUGUCACCGAGACCAGGAAAGGUCACUGAAGGACAGAGCUCUGCUAAGAACUAGACAACAAGAAUGGCUUCAACCACUGGGCAAGUAGUGAAGGCUUCAGAGAAUGUGAGCCAUCCUUUGGGCUGUAGUUUCUUUAUUGUGUUUUUAGCCUUGUGUGUGGUGUUUGUGUUUGAGUGUAGGCACAUGGAAUACCAUGGCAGGUGUGUCUGCUUGUUUGCCACAGUGCACACUAGACUGGCUUGCCCAGGAGAGUCUCAGGAUUCUCCACUUCCCAUCUUGCCCCGGGAGCCCAGGGAUUGCAGAUGUGCACCGUCACAUCUGGCUUUCCGGGCAUGCUGGGGAUCUGAACUCAGGCCCUCAUGCUUUCAAAGCAAGCGCUUUGCCGCCUGAGCCACCGCCUCGGCCAGUCUGACUGGCUGUAAGACAAAGGUGAAAUAGGUGUGGGCAAUCGGGCUUAGUGGAAGAUAAGGCUACCAUGGAGGAGUGAUGCCCAUGUCGUGUGCUAAUUUCAAUAUAGUAGAUACUUUCCCUCAACACUUCUUAUGCAAAGCACCAGCCUUUACAGGUGUUGUUCACAUUGCUCUCACAGACAGCUGUCCAAUGAAGUAGCUAACAGGCGUCCCUAUGCAAAUCCCGCUCCUGUGAAUUAGGCUGAAGGUGGAGUAAGGAUACUUCAGUAUUACCAUACCAAACAGGUGCAGGUGCCUUUCUUUGUCAUUAGUCCCUAAACAAUAUAGUAUAAUAGCUAUUUGUUUAUCAUUUAUCAUUUAUUUGCUUAUCAUUAUCCUAGUAAAUUCCCUAUCGUUUACAUUGUCCUAGUAAAUUAACUAUCAUUUCUAUUAUCUUAGUAAAUAAUCUCCAGUUGUAAGUGAGCUAGAGAGGAAGCGUCGGGGAGGCUGGAAGUUACAUGCUGAUUGUCCGUUUUAUACAACACACUUUAGCAUCCUUAGAUGCUGAUGCCUGAGCAGAGUCCGGGAACCAGUCUCCUAGACCUCAGCUCUUAACAUCCACCCUACUAGCCAUGAGUUCAGCUUCCACCUAUUUCUUCUGAGCAAGACCUUAGUCUAUUUCCUAGCCCUUUCAAGGCUUACUUUCCUCAUAAGUGAAAUGGGAUUCAAAGAAUAAUUUCCCCAUGAGAUUAUAUGAUCAGUACACUAGUUAGUAGAUAUAAAGCCAUGUAAGGGAAAAGGCAAAUGGUACUAGUUUUUAUGAAAUCUCAGGUUUUGUUGAUCAAAUAUUGAUGUCAGUGACUCAGCCUAACUAGUAUUAAAUGCUAUUGAAUGCACACAUGGAUGUCAGUGAAGGGUUUUGCCUUACUAAUUAUAUCCUAUCAUGUGUUUCCUAUGUACAUACUUCAACCUAGUGCUUACACCUGUUGGGUCUCCUUCAUCAGCUGCCUCAAAUAGAAUGCUCUCCUGUUCCCAGAUUAGCAUAGCCCGCAACUAGAUCCCACAGUAAUGCUGGCUAACGUAAUGUUUCAAAGUCCUGAGCUAAUAAAACAUAUUUUUGGAGGAUUUUUUUUGGGGGGGUGUUGAUGUUAAGCAAAAAAUAUAGCAAAGUUUCUAGCUCCAGAUCAGACUUGUGAACAAAUAGAUGCUUGCAUAGUAGAGUUUAUAAGACUAUUUUAGAUGAGUUUUGGUGGAUUUGCUGAAGGAGGCAGAGGCUGGAGGAUCACAAGUUCAAGGUCAGCCUGUAAGAAAGAAAAAGAAAGAAUACUUUAGAUGAUUAACUAAUUCAUGAGUCAUUUAUUCAUUUUAUUGAGCACAUCCUAUGUUCAAGACAUGAUAUGAAGUAUAAAAAGUACAAUGAUAAAUGCAAAGUCUAUGAUUAAUAACCCUAGUAUGAUAUCUAGCAUUUAAUUUUAAUUAAUAUGUAACUGACAAUUAAAUAUUUGGAUCACCUAAAACAAGGAAAAACUAUGUUGACAAAGUUUGUGAUCUUUCAUUAUGCAAAAAUAGCUGAAAACGAUUUGGCCUUAGAAACUGUAUUAGUAACCUAGGGCUAUGUAACAAUGUCAGCGUUUAGACACACAGCGGACAUUCAGCUCACAAGGUUUCUGAAGAUCACGAACCCAGGAGUGGUUCUAAUAGGGUUUCUGGCUUAGGGUCUUUUUGAAGUUACAUUCAAGCUGUUCUGUUAAGAACUGGUCUUUGAAGGCUCACCUGAGGCCUAGAAAUACUCUUCCGAGACAAGCAUCUAGCAUCGAUGGAGCAUCCAGAUAGCUGCUUUUGGAGGGGAAUCCCCUGGCUUCCGGUAGGAAGGCUCAGUGUGGGACCUAAAAGGCUUUCCUCACGGGCUGCUCAGACCUCAUACACAUAAGGAGGUGACCCAGGGGAGCUUUCAAGGAACCUCAACAACUCCGUUAUCAAUCUCAGGAAUCACUGGCUCUCCCUUCGGCUUUGCUCUGUUCCUUGGAAUUUCUAGUUUCUGAAAGAGGGGAUGUUUAAAUGUUCUCAUCUUGGAGACGUGAUAAGCGUGCAAUGUGAUUAAGUUGCCCUAUUCAAUCCUUCCACAUCCUAACCUAUGACAUCACAUCUAAUACCAUACGUUUAUAAUUGUUUUGCCAUUAAAAAUAAAAAGCAGUAAUUUUGUCCAGCUGACUUGCUUGAACAUUAAGGAGGACAGAUAGGAAAGAUGUUUUAAACCACACAAAGUAAGGUCAAUGUCUUAUUUUAGUAAUUAAUUAAAAAUAUUUUGCAUCUAGUAGGAAUCUAUUCUUGCAUUUACUUCCUGCUCUUUGUGGGUAGCUUUCAUGUAAUGUAUUUUCUCUUUCCUGAUGGAAAAAUUAAUACCUCAUUGUGUAAUACUAAAUAAGUAUAAAAAUUAGAGAAACAGAAUCACAGAUAGUUCUGUAAUCUAUACAUAACUUGUUUUUGGUUUGUGAGUGGAUGUGCAAUAUUGGCGUGCAAACAUACAAGUAAAUAUACCCAUCCAUGAACCUAAUGGAUGAGUAUUUUACAAUAUAUUAUAUUCAUAAGGAGACUUUAACUCUAUUAUUAAAAUAUAAUUUCAAUGGCUGUAACAUUCUGAGCAAAUAUUUCUUGUCUUUUAAAUCAUUUUUCCUGUUUUUGAACAUUUAGUUUUUUUACUUUCUUUUUAAGUAUAAACAGUGUAAUAAACAAUUUUGAAAAAUG